AGGCGGGUAUGACGUAGUAGUAGUUAGCGCGGGUGGACUGAUGUUGCCGAUGUGUCACCGUGUUGUUGACCCAGUAUAACAUUACUUUGCAGUAUGGCUUCAUUUGUAACCGAGGUGCUCGCCAGCUCCGGGAAGCUGGAGAAGGAGGACCUGGCCGGUAAAAUAAGCAGGAUGUCCCGGAAAGUGGAAGAUACUAAGGAGGAAAUGUGUGACAUGAUGAACAAGAAGUACAGUGAAUUUUUACCAAACCUUCAAGCAUCAGAGGACCUAAUGCUGCAGGUUGAAACGGUCACUAAAGAAAUGGAAAAUCUUAAAAAUUGCAUCGAAUCUGAGGUGCAGCAGAACAUCCAAGUGGCGGGGAACGAAUACUUAAAGCUGAAGCAGCAGCUGGAGAAAAACACUAUGAUUAUAGAAAUGCUCGAACACUUAAAGGAGUUUCACAGCGCGAUGGAGGAAUCCAACGAAGCUUUACAGAAGAAAAAGUAUGUGGAUGCCGCCACCUGUUUGAAAAAAGCGAGGGAAAGAGUGAAUUCCCUGAAGGAUUGGAAAACAUCCCAGCUUCCACUUCUCAAUUCUUUGAGCUCCGAGCUUAUAGUGCAGAGAGAGAAUUUGAUUUACCACCUUGGAGACGAGUGGAAGCGUCUCGUCAUCUGGAGAUUACCAGCAGCCAACGACUCUGGAGGUCCAAAGGCUUUCCAUAAGACGGAGCUGGUGCUGACUGAUGUCUGCACUAAAGACCUGGAACCGAAGCCGGACCCUCUGCUGUGCUCCGUCCUCCAGGCUCUAGCGGUUCAAGGAGACCUUCAGAACAAAAUCAAACUCUUCAGUCAAGUGCUUUUGAAGAACAUGCUGAAGCCGUUGGUCAUGCACCCCUUUCUUGAGCUGACGGUAGCAGAGCAACAGGGCGAGGGAACCAUCCUGAGCCUGGAGUGUUUAUCAGAGGACCAUGAGGAGCGAUCCACACCUUCACAGGUCUACAAGAAACUGCUGCUGGUGUUAAAGACGCUACACUCACACCUCCUAGAUGUGCCCAUCGAGGAUAAAAAGCUCUCCACCAUCCUUGGAGAGUUGAUUUGGGAGGAACUGUCAAAGUGCAUCAUCCAUGAGUGUCUGGUCUACUCGAUACCCAACAACAGCAGCGAGCUUGAAAAAUACAUUAUUGUGAUUAAAGAGACAGAGGCGUUUGAGAAGGCUCUGAAGAGCAUGGAGUACCUGCAGGCCGAUUCUACAGACCUGCUCAAGUACGCCAGAGAUGUCAACUGUCACUUUGCCAGCAAGAAGUGCAGGGACGUCAUUGUGGCGGCACGCAAACUCAUGACCUCAAAGAUGCACAACACAGUUAAAAUCAACCCAGAGUCGAAGCUGCGGCUCCCUAAGCUGCCUCCUCCCAGUUCAGAGGUGAAAGUGAAGCAGGAGGUGGUGAAGGAAGAGGUGACGAUGGAGAACUCGAAACAGUUGUCUGCCUGCAGUCUGCGCCUGCCAGCCUGUCGCAUCAGCGAGUCGGUGCAGCAGCUGAUGGAGCUGGCAGUUAGCACGCUGUGUGAGGCUGUUGGAAGCUCCACACAGUGCGCCUUGCAGCUCUUCUUCACUGUGAGGAACAUUUUCCAGCUCUUCCACGAUGUCGUCCCCACGUACCACAAGGAGAACUUGCUCAAAUUUCCCCACCUUGCCGCCGUCCAGCACAACAACUGCAUGUACCUGGCGCACCACCUGCUCACCCUGGGUCACCAUUUCAGGGCACACCUGCCGCAGCCUCUGGGCGAGGGCGUGGCCACGUUUGUCGACAUGGUGCCUGGAUUCAGGAAACUAGGCGCUCAGUGUUUCUUGGCUCAGCUGAAUGUCCAGAGAGCGGAGCUUCUUGAAAGACUAGCCACUGCUCACAACUUCUGCAACCUUGAUGACGAAGACAGCUACAUUGCAGCUAGCAAAGCAGUAAGACAGGUCGUUCAUCAGCUGAAACAGCUGGGUACAGUGUGGCAGGAUGUGCUUCCAGUCAGCAUCUAUUGUAAAGCCAUGGGCAACCUGCUCAACACGGCCAUCACAGAGAUUAUUACGAAAAUUAUGAUGCUUGAGGAUAUUUCGUCUGAAGACGGGGAGCACCUCCAUACUCUGUGCCAAACCAUCAUCGAGGAAGGUCCGCUGGUUUUCAUUCCUCUGGCUGAGGAGAACAAGAAUAAGAAAUAUCAGGAGGAGGUGCCGCUCUACGUGAAGAAGUGGAGCACUUUUAAGGAGCUCGUCAUCGUGCUGCGAGCCAACCUGCAAGAGAUCGUUGACAGGUGGGCUGACGGUAAGGGUCCGCUGGCUGUGGAGUUCACCAGUUCGGAGGUGAAGGGUCUCAUUCGAGCUCUGUUUCAGAACACGGAGCGGAGAGCUGCUGCCUUAACCAAAAUCAAAUAAACAAUAAAACCACCAAGAAGAAUCCAUUACAUGUUUUUUUUUCAGUGGAAAACCUCACUUCGCUACUUUAAAACUUUCUCCUGCAUGAGAAAUUGUCUAAACCGGAGCUAACCACGAGUUGGAACCAGUCUUCUCUACAAAGAUAACUGUGUUUUUCAGCUGCAUCAUUUCCUCUGAGCUGCUAUAACCAGAGGUUUUCCUUUGAUUAAUUUUUCAGGGUUAAUCAAAAUCUGUUUGUUUUUUUUGUUUGUUUGUUUUACAUUUCUCUUGUUUUUUUAUUUUUCUGGGCUUUACGUUUGAAGUUCAACAUCUAUAGACAUCUUCCUGCAAACGAAAUGAUUCAGAAUUUCUCUGUAAUGUAUUUAUUAUUUUACUAAAUAAACAUCUGUUUUCCUCACAUGCAAAAGAAA